GAUGUUCUUGUGGUGGGCAGCGGCGCCGCUGCCCUGGCAGCCGCUGCCACAGCCAAGCAACUUGGUCUUCGCACAUUGGUCAUCGAGCAAAGUGAUAAGAUUGGAGGCACAACAGCGUAUUCUGGAGGCACCAUAUGGAUUCCUCAAAAUCCGGUCUCCGAAGCAGCCGGUUGUAACGACUCCCGCGACGCUGCCCGUCAAUAUCUCCAAGAUGCGCUUGCGAUUAGCGGAGGCGCCGGGCCGGAAUCCACCCCCGCCCGGAUCGACGCCUUCCUGGCUGGUGGACCCGCAAUGGUCAAUUUCUUCCGCCGUCUAGGCCUCCGGUGGAGACACUCUCCAAUCCCCGACUAUCACCCGGAGAUUCCAGGUGCCAUGGACGCUGGCGGGCGGACGCUGGACCCCUGUCCCUUCGACGCCGGGACGUUGGGAUGCUGGGCUGAUCGCCUGCGCCGGCCUGGACACUCGGAACCGGUGGCUUACUUCCACGACUUUGUCGUUCUGACCAAGCCUUACGCGUCCGCCAUCGACCUUCUCACAGUUUGUUGGAUGAAGCUGCGGGCAUUUUUCUGGAGCAAAACCAUAGCCAGACCGACCUGCAUGGGCAGCUCACUCGUCGCGCAGCUCUUAGACAUCUGCCUUCGCAAGGGGGGUACCGCCGUCCAGAUUGAGGUGAACACCAAGUUCAAAGAAUUGCUCGUCGAAGGGGGAGCCGUCUGUGGCGCUGUGGUGGAGUCGAGAGAUUCCGGGGUGUUCAAGGUCUAUGCCCACGGGAUCCUCCUGGCGGCCGGUGGUUUCGCUCGACGUGAAGAUCUGCGACGGGAACACCUGCCCCUCAUCGGACCGGAGUGGACGUUGACGCAACCUGAAGGUGACACGGGAGAUGCUCUGGAAGCAGCGUGCAAGGUCGGCGCGGCCACGUCGCUCAUGGGCGAAGCGUGGUGGAUCCCCACAAUCAUCGAUCCUGGAAGCGGGAGGCUCACGACCGCCUUGUUUGAGCUGUGCAAGCCCCACUGCAUUGUUGUCGACCGGCAAGGGUCAAGGAUCUUCUCCGAGGCCGACCCGUACGGCGACGUGGGUCGUGCGCUCUAUCAUCGGUCUCGGGGCGAUGACAACAAUGCCUGGCUGAUACUUGAUUGGAACUACCGGAGUCGGUACACUCUAGGGUCGCUUGGCCCUAGGGUCGAGCCGGUUGACGCCCUGGCUCGCGGCCACAUCUUCAGGGCAGACGACUUGGCCAGCCUCGCAGCUCAGAUCGGC